AUCUGAUGAAAAAUUACAAUGCAAUGAAGACGCUAUUAAACAAGUCUCAAAUGAUGUCAAAAUAAUGUGGCUACAAAGUGCUCUAAAUUUUAUUAAAAAUGAUCACCAAAUUACUUUAAAAUUCCCUACAAUAUCAGUAGAUGAGUCUGAUUUUAUUGAAGCAAUAUUAAAUCAGAAUUGUGCACCAGAAUUGGAUGGACGUUUUACUGCAUUGUAUUUGUCAAUAAAGGAAGCAUUGACAAUAUAUAAAACUAAGUACAAUUUUGCAUUGAACACAGUAUGUAAAAGUAAAACGACAAUAAAACUGGAAAUUGAGAAAAUUCCUAAGAGUAAUAAACUAAAGUUUGUUAAAAUGCCACCAAAGAAGAAAGAAGCAAAAUUAAGUGAAAAAAAAUUAAAAAGACGCACCAAAAUAGCCAAUCAAAAGAUGAAUAUCAUAAAUGCAGUACCUAUGCAGUACAUAAUUAAUUGUUAUUCACAAAUUCUGGAAUUCCUAGACGAUGAUAUACGUUUCUCUUUAAAAUUCGAUAAACUGACAAACGUUGAAUAUUCAUUUAUGGUCAAUAUAAAACAAAUAGUGAAGAGUAGAGAACUUUUAGAUGGAAUUCCGGCAGAACUUAAUACAUUAUUGGAGCAUAUAAGUGAACACAAAGAAUAUGCAUUCAGUUUAUAUCCAAAUAGAACUAAAUAUGAAGACAAAUACAUUACGAUUAUGAAAGUACCAAAAGGAGGAAUGAGGGGUAAUUUUAACACCACACAAGAUAGGACUAAAACUACCACUUCUCGACCAUAUUAUAAUUUCCCCGAAGCGAUGGAUUUUGAAAUGCAGGCAACAGAGCUCAACAACAAUAAAGUAUUAUAUAGAAAAAUCGAUAAUACCAUUAAAAAUACCAUUGAAAGUAAUGCUUCCAAUUUAAAUCAGAAUUGUGCGGAGGAUAAGCAAUUUGGAAAAGAGUUUACUAAUAAUAUAUUUAAAUCAAGCAAUCCUUAUCCAAUUCAAAGUAAAAGUGAGGGGCACAAGACACGAAGAGCAAAUUCCUUAACAUCUUGCUAUGCGGAUGUCAAAAGCAGUUCAUCGACUAAUUUGAAUGAGACUAUCUGCGAUUCAUGGGAAAAUGUGGACAUUUCUUAUUGGCAACCUCCUACAGCGGCUGAAUCUCUCGCUGCUUAUAAUGAACAGAUACUCGCAAAUCAAUCAAAAUCCAUACAAUUUGAACGCGGAGGUAGUGUCGAUGUGUUGAAUGAGGAACAUUCUAGCAAUAUAAAGCAGAACAAAGUUAGAGGCCGCAGCUGGAGCAGAGAUAGAGAGAUGAAGAGUAAAAUGUAUGAAGCGCUGUGUGUACCAGUUAAAAGUACUAAAGCUAUGAGGUAAGAGACAUUAAGUAACUAGUUACUAU